GAACAAUAGAAAAUGAGAAGCAUUCCAGAGGUUCGACUUGGUUCAACUAAUGCGACAAUUCCAGUAGUAGGCUUCGGAACGGCUGCUUGGCCUUUUGUUGCAUCAGAAACCAUGAAAGAAUCCAUUUUGAAUGCACUAAAACUCGGGUAUAGGCACUUUGAUGCUGCUGCAGUUUACCAGUCAGAGCAAACCCUUGGUGAAGCCAUAACACAAGCUCUACAGCUCGGCCUCAUUCAAUCUCGCACUGAGCUUUUCAUCACAUCAAAGCUUUGGUGCUCCGAUGCACACCCUGACCGUGUCCUCCCAGCAUUGCAAAAUACUUUGCAGAGACUUGGGUUGGAGUAUUUAGAUCUAUAUCUCAUUCACUUCCCAAUCAGCUUGAAAUUAGGGGGCUACGAGGUGCCUUUCAGUAAUAAGGACCUUCUUCCCAUGGACUUCAAGGCUGUUUGGGAAGCUAUGGAGGAGUGUCAUAAACUCGGCCUCGCCAAGCAUAUAGGAGUUAGCAACUUCUCUUGCAAAAAGAUUCAACAGUUACUUCUCACAUCAAAGAUCCCUCCAGCUGUCAAUCAAGUGGAGGUGAACCCAGUUUGGCAGCAAAAGAAGUUAAGGGAAUUCUGCGAGAAAAAGGGUAUCCAUGUUACAGCAUACUCACCUUUAGGUGCUAGAGGAGCCCUGUGGGGAACCAACCAAGUCAUGGAUUGUGAGACACUCAAAGAGAUUGCUGAUGCUAAAGGCAAGACUGUUGCUCAGGUUUGCUUGAGAUGGGUUUAUGAGCAAGGAGUGAGCGUACUUGUGAAGAGCUUUAACAAAGAGCGGAUCAAAGAAAAUCUUGACAUAUUUGAUUGGAUGCUAAGUCCCGAAGAGUCUCAGAAGAUUGACCGAAUUCCACAACAAAGAGGGUAUCUUGGACUCCAGUUCAUAUCCGACCAAGGCCCUUAUAAAUCUGUUGAGGAGUUUUGGGAUGAAGAGAUUUAAUGUUUUAUUAAAAGCUUCCUUCUAGUAAUGAAUAAGUUGGAGAGCGUGUUAUAACUUGUUAAGGUUAUAAUUUGAAGAACAAAUUUGUUGUUUUUGGCUUAUUGUAACAGGACAUUCUUAGUGCAUGAAAUUUCUAUUACUGCAGAUAUGAGGGGGGUCAGAUAUAUGUCCUCUUAUUCCUCCUACGCAAAAGACUAUUAUAUUAUAAGUUCGUGUUCAUCGAUUAUGUU